GCCACAAGCGCGCCUUGAAACCCGCUCCCCGCGAGCGGGAAGGCCUGGGACGGGCAGGCCCCGCACACAGGAGUAAACCGGGGGACAAAGUCCUGGGCAAGCGGCUCUUAGCUGCACGGGGGGAGGAGGCGGUGGCAGGGCGCCCAGGACGGGACCGCGGGCUUCACCCGCCAGAGCCCGGGACAGAGUGCGAGUCGAGCGGCGCGCAGAGCGCGUCCGAGCUCUUUCCCUCUUUGUCUCUCUCUCGUCUUCCCCGGCGGCUGGGAGAGAGCAAGCCGAGUCGCAAACAAGCCAGGCCGAGCGGCGGGCGGGCAGGAGGGGAGGAGCCACGGGCCUCGCUCCCGCCCCCUCAGCCCCGGCGGGCUCUCUCCCGCCCUCUUUUCCUCCUCUCAGUUUUCAAUCAGGUCGGCUCCCAGGGAAUAUAUGCACACGUCACCCAACUCACCGCACACUCUGCAGCCUGUGCUUUUCGUAGACAUGUCGGGUCGUGGCAAAGGCGGCAAGGGACUGGGGAAAGGCGGCGCCAAGCGCCACAGGAAGGUGCUGCGGGACAACAUCCAGGGUAUCACCAAGCCGGCCAUUCGCCGCCUGGCUCGGCGUGGCGGCGUGAAGCGCAUCUCCGGCCUCAUCUACGAGGAGACUCGCGGGGUGCUCAAGGUCUUCUUGGAGAACGUGAUCCGCGACGCCGUCACCUACACGGAGCACGCCAAGCGCAAGACCGUCACCGCCAUGGACGUGGUUUACGCGCUCAAGCGCCAGGGCCGCACUCUCUACGGUUUCGGCGGCUGAGCUGCCCGUCCCAAACUCUCAGCAAAACAUCUGUACCUAAGGCUCUUUUCAGAGCCACCCACUUUUUCACAAUAAGAGCUGUUCGCUGCUGUUGCGCUUCUAGACAAGUCCAUAAUUCUAUGUAAAAUCGCGUGAUUUUGAAACCGUAAGGACGGUUCCCCAGUUAAAAAGGGUUUUAUUAGUUCUUAUUGCUAACGGGGUUCGAUAUAUUUUCUCACUUAUGUACAGUGUAGAAUCCCGUCCUAAAUAAUACAGGCGGCCCCGUACAAAGUAGUUGCUUUCCACGAAUCUUAAUACCUAGGAGCUUAAACAAAAUUCUCACUUUAAAUCUGUCAUCA